AUGGAAUGCAUUUUGACUGAUCUGGCACUUGAAGCGCAGCUGAACUUCGAAUCCACUGCAUACGCUGGGUGGCUUAACGCACUCGUCACAGGAGGCAUCACAAGAGAAGAUGCCCUCGAAAACAUGGCCAACGGUUGGAGGUUUGAGCGCCAAGAGUGCAUCACCCUUUGGGAAGAGCAACAUGAGAGAGCAGAAAAGGAAGCAGAAGAGCAGGAAGAACAUCGUGAAGCCAAGAAGAAGAAACCUAAGAUCAAUGACUUUGAUGCUGGUUCAGUAGUUGCCAACAUCAUCAUCCCUUGCCCUGCCCAGUAUGCCAUACAGAAGAUCAAGAGCAUGGAGUAUGUGGAGUUAUGGUAUUUCAGUCCUGACGGGUGCCAUGAGGCGUCCACCACUGCUAGAUCCACGUUGGAUUCAGAUGACGCAUAUGGAUUCGCAAAGGUCGACAGCACAGUCGCCCUGAAGACCUUAGCAUCCUUCAAGGCAUCCCACAAGGUGUUGCAAGACCAUGACCUAUCAUGGCGCCAGUUCGAUCUGGCAAAGACCAGCUUCCUCAUCCACAUUGAGAAGAGCGGAUGGCUGGACAAGCAUCAACAAGCAUUAGCCUUGUUCUUCACCCUCAUCACUAACCAUGAACACCGCAUGCACCCACGCAGUGAGAAGACAUUACUUCACUAUGCUGGCUUCGGCUUCAACAUUGGCCUCUUCAACAAUGCCCUAUACAGCACUAUCUCAGAUGACAUCUGGGAAGCCGAGCGCAACAAGGGUCUAAGACUGGUGCGUUUUUUCCUCACCUUCAAAGAAUCAUUCAAACAUUAA